AUGGGGCAGGAACGGGAAGAGCCCAGGGACAGACAGGAGGUGGGCCUGACCCCGUCCCCCUUGUCUCCACAGUGGGCUGAGCAAGGCUGUGAACAUUUCGUCUGUUCUUCCGCGGGCAACGCAGGCAUGGCGGCCGCCUAUGCCGCCAGAAAGCUGGGGAUUCCCGCCACCAUCGUUGUGCCCAGCACCACACCUACCCUCACCAUCGACAGGCUCAAGAAUGAGGGCGCCACGGUCAAGGUGGUGGGUGAGAUGCUGGACGAGGCCUUCGAGCUAGCUAAGUCCCUGGCGAAGAACAACCCAGGUUGGGUCUACAUCCCUCCCUUUGACGACCCCCUCAUCUGGAAAGGCCAUACUUCCAUCGUGAAGGAGCUGAAGGAGACACUGAGUGCAAAGCCGGGGGCCAUCGCGCUGUCAGUGGGUGGUGGGGGCCUGUUGUGUGGAGUGGUCCAGGGGCUGCAGGAAGUGGGCUGGGGGGAUGUGCCCAUCAUCGCCAUGGAGACUGUCGGAGCCCACAGCUUCCACACGGCCACCACUGCCGGCAAGCUUGUCCCUCUGUCCCAGGUUUCCAGUGUGGCCAAGGCUCUGUGCGUGAAGAUGGUGGGGGCUCAAGCCCUGAAGCUGUUUAAGGAACACCGCAUUUUCUCAGAAGUUAUCUCGGACCAGGAGGCUNGUGUGUGUGUGUGUGUGUUCGUUGAUGAUGAGAAGAUCCUGGUGGAGCCUGCCUGUGGAGCAGCCCUGGCCACUGUCUACAGCGGCGUGGUUCAGAAGCUGCAAGGAGAGGGAAAGCUCCCGGUCCCCCUGUCGUCCCUCGUGGUCAUUGUCUGUGGGGGCAGCAACAUCAGCCUCGCCCAGCUGCAGGCCCUCAAGAAACAGCUGGGCAUGAAGAACGGGCUGCCCAAGUGAGGACUCUCCCCCACUCGCCCCCCUCCCCGACCUGGGAGACCCCUGGAGGGGCUGGAGUUUUAUCCAGCCCCUCACUGUACAUAUUAUGCUUGUGUCGGGCUGUGAGCCUGUGGCCGGGCCGGCCGGUACUUUCUCUUUCCCACAAGCCCACUGUGUGGAAGGGCUGUGGCUCCCAGAUGGAGGCAGGUCAGCAGCCAGAGAGGCUGUGAAUUGAACGUCUGCUAUCUGCGUGACGCCUCUGUCACCUCCUUAGCCUCGCCUGCCAGGGGGAAAACCACCCACAUGUAACACACCAGGUCCCCAGAGCAGCGUGGUGGGAGGGACCAGGAUCACAGCAGGACGCACCUCCUCUGAGCGAGGGGUCCCACCCAGGCUUUCUCCCUGGGAAGGUUGACAGAGCCACAGUCCGGGGUGGAGGAACCAACUUGCCCUUCCUCCAAGAAGCCCCACCCUGACCUUACCCUUAACUCACUUUUCUAAUGUGAAAACUUUUUCAGUGAAAAAUAUAUAUUUAUGAAACAAAGACA